CUCAAUUUUCCCAGGAAAAUUAUUCUCUCUCUCUCUCAAACUCAAAAAUUCCCCCUUUUUAUUUCUCUCCCUCUUUCCUUCUUCCUUUCAAUCUCCAUACUUUUCAUCUCUCUCUCUCUCUAAAACAACAACCUAAGACAAUCCUUUUUUCUUAUUCCUUGUUCUUCUUAACAUAUUCUCUAGCAUCAAUUUUUUUUCUUUCAUUCUUCAAAUUGUUCCGAUUCUCUCUCAAAAAUCAAUCUUUUCAACAACCCUUUAAGUUUCUCUCACUAAAAUUUCAAUCUUUUCUCAAUUUUCUUAAACCCCAUUUCGAUUCUCUUUGAUUCCUAUACACCCCACAAGAAAAAGAUUAAAUUUUUAUCAUUUUAUCACAAGAUAAAAAAAAUGGGGUUUUCAAAGAAGAAUUCGAAGAAUUUGAAGAAAACACAAAUGGAGAAUGGUUUUGAAUCUGAAGCUAAGAAAUGGGUAAUUGCUGGAUUUUCUGUUAGGUCAUUGAAACCUAUAAACACAAAGGUGAGUGCAAAAAACGGUGUUGUUUAUGAAGAUGAAGAUGAAGAGAAUUCGACUACACCGACCGCAAAGGAAGCGAGGAUUCCGGUGAACAUGUCGUGUCCACCGGCACCGAUGAAGAAGAGAAUUUCAAGGUGUAACAAUGGUGUUGGUGGUGUUAGGGAAUUUUUCACUCCUCCUGAUUUGGAAACAGUGUUCAAGCUUCGUGUUGAGAAAAGUCUUUGAUUUAUGUGAGCUUUAUUCAACUAACAAACUUUGAAAGAAAAAAAAAUUAGGGUUCAUUCUAUGAGGAAAAUAAUUGAUGGAGUUUUAUUUAAUUGGUAUUGUUAUAUUCCUCUUUGAAGAAGAAAAAAAAACAAGAACCUAUGUAUAAAUGAAAGUUUUUAAUAUUUACAUGUUAGAAAAGCAAGUACUUUAUUUUGUUUUUUUUAUUUUAUUUUGUUUUUUAGAAAUUAGUAAAGACUAGUAUGUAGUUUAGUUUUUUUUUUUUUACUAAAGUAUGUAGUUUAGUUAUGUUUUAUGAUUAAUGAGAAAUUUUAUGAUUUAAAUAUUUCUGUAGUGUAAAAAAAUAAUAUUGUGAUUUAAUUUAGUUAUGCAUGGAGAGUGAUUGAUUAUGAGUUUGAGACUACUAUAGGUCAUAGUCAAGGUGUUGUUUUGGAUUUGUGUGCUGAUUUCUAUG